AUGGAUUUGGACGAACCGGAACCCGCCUUUGGAUCUGGUUUACCUCCCGCUUUAGUAUCUUUAACCCCAUUUUCCUACUCAGUUUCCCCCUCUCCACGCCGGCUUUCCAGCUGUUUUAUGCAGCCCCAUGUGCCCGUUAAAGCCAGAAAGCAGCUUGCUUGGGUGUCCCUCCAGGGUCGGCUUGUUGGAGCCGAUGAAGCCACCUCGGCUAAGACCGUCGAUAAAAAUGGUGUAUUGGGUCCUAAAGAAGCUGUAGCUUGGGAGCUGUUUAGCCCCAUUCAAAGGGUUCUUCUUGUGGCUGUUGUUGCGGUUGCAGCCGCGAAUUCGAAGAAAAAUAAACAGAUUUCAAAGCUGAAAAAAUCUGUUGAACUCAGGGACCAGGUGCUCUUAAGCAUGCAACAGAAACUGGACACUCUGUGUGAGCAAGUGAAUCAUUUCAAGGAUCAGCCUGAAGUUGCGUUACCAAGCAGCACCAUAGUCGACAAGACAGUGGACUAUGGUUGUAAGCUGUGUGAACAACGCAAGCAUCAAUUUUUGGUUGAUUCAGUAGAAAAAGGACUGAAUGAGGAUGAGGUGUUCAAGUAUAAAAUCCCACUUGUUAAAGAGGCUGAACCAGAAGAGCGUCGCAUGUCUGAUUGGUCGGAUUGGGCUCCUAGUGUCACUUCUUCUGUUGACAUCCAGUUGGACACUUUAGCAGUUGAACAAGAACUCAGUAACUUGAGAAAGGAUUGUGAAGAGAAGGAUGCCACCAUAAAGGAAUUGUCCACUUUUCUUCAGUCAUCUGAAGUAAAUAGUUCAAAGAGGAUCUCAGAGUUGGAAGACAUGAUCCGUAGAAAGAAUAUGAUUAUAAACAAGCUUCGGAAGGACAUGUUGAUUCUAGAACAGAAGGUGGUUAGUCUCACAAGGCUUCGAAGACCUUCGUUCUUUGCUCAGAGUUCAAAUACGAGGCAACUGCCUGUAAUGGCUGAUAAUGUCAUUUAUGACAUGGACAGCACUACUAGCCCUUCAUCUUCCGAUUCGGACACUUCUUCUAGGAACAGAGUGCAAUCUCCUGCAGUCAGAAGUGCUGAAAUCUCAGUUUAUAAUAAUGAGAAAGCUUCAAUCAGAGACCAGAAAAAUGAACAGGCUAAGAUCCGCACUAGUAUAUUGAAAAGAACAGAGCUGCAGCAUCUGAGGUCCGGUUCCAGUAGUCCUUUAAAAGAGAAGUCACUGAAUCAGACACCUAAUACAGUUCCUGCUUUGAAACCAAAGCACGCAUCAUCUUUCAGUGGAGAAAAUCGAAUCAGGAGACGACCUCUGGUCAAAUCUAAUGAAGUAGCUGCACAUAAGAGAUGGUUUUAG